AGGACCUGGCUUCUUGUGUGGGAGCCAGUUUUGUGGGAUCUCCCGAGUAGAAGGAAGGUCGACUUGUAGAUCUUCAUUUCCCUGGGAAAGACAAUCGAGAGAACAAGAUGGCCUGGUGGAAAGCCUGGGUGGAACAGGAGGGGAUUACUGUGAAGGGCAGCCCCCACUUUAACCCGGACCCCGAUGCAGAGACCCUCUACAAAGCCAUGAAGGGGAUCGGGACCAAUGAGCAGGCCAUCAUCGAUGUGCUCACGAAGAGAAGCAACGCUCAGCGGCAGCAAAUUGCCAAGUCCUUCAAGGCGCAAUUUGGCAAGGAUCUCACCGAGACCUUGCAGUCGGAGCUGAGCGGCAAGUUCGAGAGGCUCAUCGUGGCCCUCAUGUACCCUCCGUACAGAUUCGAAGCCAAGGAGCUGCACGAUGCCAUGAAGGGCUUGGGGACCGAAGAGGGUGUCAUCAUUGAAAUCCUGGCUUCUCGGACCAAGAACCAGCUGCGGGAGAUAAUGAAGGCCUAUGAGGAGGACUAUGGGUCCAGCCUGGAGGAAGAUAUCCGAGGAGACACCAGCGGCUACCUGGAAAGGAUCCUGGUGUGCCUCCUACAGGGCAGCAGGGAUGACGUGAGUGGCUUUGUGGACCCAGGACAGGCCGUCCAAGAUGCACAGGAUCUGUAUGCGGCAGGCGAGAAGAUUCAUGGGACAGAUGAGAUGAAAUUCAUCACCAUCCUGUGCACGCGCAGUGCCACACACCUGAUGAGAGUGUUCGAGGAAUAUGAGAAAAUUGCCGGCAAGAGCAUUGAGGACAGCAUCCAGAGUGAGACCCAUGGCUCCUUGGAGGAGGCCAUGCUCACAGUGGUGAAAUGCACCCGGAACCUGCACAGCUACUUCGCAGAGCGACUUUACAACGCCCUGAAGGGAGCAGGGACGCGCGACGGGACCCUCAUAAGAAACAUCGUUUCGAGAAGUGAGAUCGACUUAAAUCUCAUCAAGUGUCAGUUCACAAAGAUGUACGGCAAGACCCUCAGCAGCAUGAUCGUGGGAGACACCAGUGGCGACUACAAGAAUGCCCUGCUGAACUUGGUGGGCAGCGACUCCUGAAGGCCCGGGAUAGAGCAAAGGCCAAGAAGCUGGAGCCACCAGACCCUGCCUGCUCAACCUUGGCCGUGCAAUGGGGGGGAUGGGAGGGUAGGGACCCCCAACUUGCCUUUCAGUCUUCUAUCUCCCAGCUUCUGGUGCUUUCAAGUCAGUUCCAGGUAUGAGCGCAGGGCCAACCCUAGCAUAAUCUGGCCAGAUAAACACUUCGGCACAAGGGGCUGUUUCUUCUUCCCUACCCAUGAGUUUUCCUGAGCUCAACUGGUCACAGAGUAACCUGGGCCCUGCUCACACAGAUACCCAGUCCCACCCCAUCUACUAAAUCAGGACCUGCAGAGAAGAGGCCAGAGGAUAAGGAAUUUUAACAAGCAUCUUAGCAGAUGAGCCUCCCUGAAAGGCCACAGGGAGACUAGGAGAGCUCAUAUGUUUCAGGGCACACACAUGCGAGCCGCCAAGAAAGAAACACAGGCAUUCCGGCCGACUGGGAUGCCACUAAUAUCCGUUCAUCUAAAAACAUUAGGCUAUAGGCAGAAUGAAAAUUCUCUACCUACAGAGAAAGCUGCACAUCAAUGUCCCAACCCAAGGGCACUAAACUCUAAGGAGCCCAGGCUUGCCCAGUCCUUGCUCAGCGGAGCUGCUUUUUCCUUCCCUGACACCAGCAUGGAGAAUUUCUUAUUCCGACCUGAUGCCAAGAUGCAGAGACGCCUCUGCUGGUGUUUCCAGAAUAAUAAAUCUUGUACACUUGAA